GGGAAGUGAUAAGCGAUGAGCAUGGCAUUGACCCAGCCGGAGGCUAUGUCGGUGACUCAGCGCUGCAGCUGGAAAGGAUCAAUGUCUACUACAAUGAAUCAUCUUCCCAGAAAUUUGUACCAAGAGCAGUCUUGGUGGACUUGGAGCCGGGAACCAUGGAUAGUGUGCGAUCUGGUCCUUUUGGUCAGCUCUUUCGGCCUGAUAAUUUCAUCUUUGGACAAACUGGUGCAGGAAACAACUGGGCUAAAGGACACUAUACAGAAGGGGCAGAGUUGGUUGACUCUGUACUUGAUGUAGUCAGAAAAGAGUGCGAACACUGCGAUUGUUUGCAAGGAUUUCAGCUCACUCAUUCCCUGGGAGGAGGGACAGGGUCUGGCAUGGGAACCCUACUCAUCAGCAAGAUACGAGAGGAAUAUCCGGACAGGAUAAUGAAUACCUUUAGUGUCAUGCCCUCUCCGAAGGUUUCUGAUACAGUGGUGGAGCCUUAUAAUGCUACACUCUCUGUCCACCAACUGGUUGAAAAUACAGAUGAAACCUACUGCAUUGACAACGAAGCUUUGUAUGACAUUUGCUUCCGCACCCUGAAGCUCACCACUCCGACAUAUGGGGAUUUAAACCACUUGGUUUCUGCUACCAUGAGUGGGGUAACUACAUCCCUGCGUUUUCCGGGCCAACUAAACGCUGACCUCCGGAAGCUGGCAGUAAAUAUGGUCCCUUUCCCACGCCUUCACUUUUUCAUGCCCGGCUUCGCUCCUUUGACAGCCCGAGGCAGCCAACAAUACCGAGCACUCACCGUGCCAGAGCUCACCCAGCAGAUGUUUGAUGCCAAAAAUAUGAUGGCAGCCUGUGACCCAAGACAUGGGCGAUACUUGACAGUGGCUACUGUCUUCCGCGGUCCCAUGUCCAUGAAGGAGGUUGAUGAGCAGAUGUUGGCCAUUCAGAACAAGAACAGCAGUUACUUCGUGGAGUGGAUCCCAAACAAUGUCAAGGUGGCAGUGUGCGACAUUCCUCCUCGUGGCCUCAAAAUGGCUUCCACCUUCAUUGGCAACAGUACUGCUAUUCAAGAGCUCUUCAAAAGGAUCUCAGAGCAGUUUUCGGCCAUGUUCAGGAGAAAGGCCUUCCUUCACUGGUUUACAGGAGAAGGAAUGGAUGAAAUGGAAUUUACAGAAGCAGAAAGCAAUAUGAAUGAUCUGGUUUCAGAGUAUCAGCAAUACCAAGAAGCAACAGCAAAUGAUGGAGAGGAAGCGUUUGAAGAUGAUGAAGAAGAACUUAAUGAAUAAAAAAUUAGGUGCACUAUUUUCCAGGCCAAAUUCUCAAAUCUGGUUUUCUAAUAAUUACAUUUAUAAAUCUGUAUUUAGGCUUUAAAAAAAAAAAAACGGAGCAUGAGUUUCAGGUGUUAGAGAUGCUCUUCAGAGUCCCUGUUGAUCACUGAGAACUGAGGACAUUCAGCAUUUCUGGAAAUCAGGUCGUUUCUAUUCAUGAGACAAAUGUAAGGUCUUCAGUUAGGCCUUUGGCCAAGAGUCUGAACACAGAGAUUGCCAGUUUGGGAUCUUUUUUUUCCAAACAAAGUUUGUCACCCUGAAGUUGUACAAGAGAAAAUAUAAAAUAGACAUGAAAAUCAAUAAAAAGCUGCACUGUUUUCAUCCACUUAUGAGUAAGAAAUCUUGUGGGUUUGAAGUAUUCAUUCUAUACUGAAUGUACAAUACUGAACUGC